AUGUUCAGCAACGAGCGGCAGUUUGACGAGGAGCGCGGAGAGCGCCCGGCGCGCGAGUCUCGCUCUCCAUCGUCCACCCAGCGAAGAGCCCUCAAGUUUCUGCGCUUCCCCAGACUCAGCAAGGCCGCCGUCUUUAUGCUGCUGCUGGUCGACGUGACCAUCGUCGGCCUGCUGCUCUACUCGCUCGAGCCUCUCAUCACGCUGCUGCGCCGAAACGACGAGCUGUUCAGCCCUCGUAUCACCAUUCCUCGCAACGACACGUGGAGCUCGUCGCCCUUUUCCGACGACGACGACCUGGGCCACCCCAAGAUCCCUCGCAUUCUGCACCAGACCACUGCCAACAGCACCAUCCCCCAGAAAUGGGUUGCCUCGCAGCGCAGUUGCAAGGAGACGUAUGCCGACUUUGAGUACAAGCUGUGGACUGACGAGCUGGCUCGCGAAUUCAUCGCUACCGAGUACCCCUGGUUUGUGGAGAACUGGGAUGGUUAUGCCUUCCCCAUCCAACGCGCUGAUGCCAUCCGUUACUUUGUCCUGCACCACUAUGGCGGUAUUUAUCUCGACAUGGACACCUUCUGCAACGAAACCAUUCCCUUUGAGGAGCUUGAAAAGGGCCCGGGACAGCACUAUGCUCUGUUCAAGUCGACGCUGCCCACCGGCGUCACCAACGACUUCAUGAUUUCCACCGCCAGACAUCCAGCCUACGCCGCAGCCGUCUCCAAACUCCCCUUGUUCUACGACAUCACCAGGUUCUGGGCCGAGAUCCAGCCCUACGCCAACAUCAUGAUGUCCUCUGGACCGCUCUUCCUUAGUCUCGUCGUCAAGGACUAUCUGCUAGGCCAGCCUUCACUGCCAUCACCAACCGUGCAGGUCAUCGAUCCCCCUGACCUUGGAUCCUACAUCACCGACCUCGAGAGCGCCACUUGGCACAAAGCAGAUGCCCAUGCUCUCAUGUGGCUGGGCACACGACCCUGGACCUGGUUCCUCGCGGGAGCAGUAGGACUGCUUGCCGGCUUAUACCUCAUCAACUACCUGCUUCUACUAAUAUGCGAAACUUGCCUUCGCAAGGUUCCAUCAACCAUUACUUAUGCUAUCAAGGAGAGCAAGUUGGCAUAG